AUGACAACCUGUGGCGAUGAAAGUCCAUUGAAUGAGCUAGCCUCCUCUGGCAAUCUAGUCGACAACGUAACCUAUGUUGAUCGGUUCAAUGGUUACGCUCGGGCCGAAGGCAUACUUCACAUCACACUUACUCAUGUUUUCUUCAUUGACCGCUCCGGCCGCUAUGAAGUAUGGAUGCAGACCUCUCUGAUUGGCAGCGUCGAGCGUCUGCCGUUGACAGCGACUGGCGCCCCUCUAGUCAUCCGCGGCAAGGACUUCCGCGUGGCUUGUUUCCUCGUUAGUCGUGACCGUGACUGUCAGGAUGUGUACGAGACCCUCCUUCGGCUGACUCAGACCGCUCAUCUUCGAACUCUUAAAGAGGUUGUCAUAAUGUUGUAUCCAGAGUCCUUCAGACUCGAAUCAAAUCUUCCAGCUGUUAUCCCACAAAUGCUCGGAAGACUUUAA